AUGGACAUCCUGCGCAGUCCUAGCUCCAAUUCCAUCUGGUGGACGGCCUACGAGAGGGAGAACGAGAUUCCCAGAUGUCCCCCCAGAUAUUUCGGAGCUUCAGUGGGCGGAUUUGUUGUUUGGGAAGCGGAUCUGUCAAGUGGGCUAGGUGAGGUCAGAAUGAAAUAUGCGACUAAUUUGGGUCCGCCUAAAACCCUAGCUCAAACCCUAUUUGAUAUGAUGAGGGCGUUGAUUGAGAGGGAGGUAGACAAGCUGUCGAACCCCGAAGUCGAGGGUGUGAAGAAUACGAUGAGGAAGUUGCCUAGGGCUGUGGAGAGGUGGGAGAGGGAGGAUGAAGCAGUUGGCCUGUUCUGCGACGACCUCACUGUCUUGAUGCGGGUGUUACGCGCUUGCAAAAACUUGGCGGUUUUGUGCCCCAUUUACGUGAUGCACUUUGUCGGAAACCUCCUCGCCGAGCGUGAAACACGACCACUGCCUGUCACACGGACGGACAUCAAACCACAGUGGAACCACCACUGGUCAAAGGUCUUAGCGCAGUACGGCCCCAACCCCCUCCUCAACCCCUCCCACACAUCUAUACCCAUCCGCCUGCGGCUCUCCGACUCCUCCGAAACCCACCUGAAAUCCGAGCACUUUCCCAUAUUCCCAGUCCAAAACAUCCUGGCCCGAUAUGCGUCUUACCUACUCCACCCCGCCGAACCAAACGAUCUCAUAAGAAUUCCAAUACAUCCCUGGAGUUUGGACCCUGUUUAUAUCCCACAUAUGGGCGUGGACCGGCUAUGUGACUCGGAUGACCUGCGCGAUGGAGCUGAUACGCUUCGCGUGCGACGAAUGACGCUCAUGUCAAAUUUUUUGUGGCAGUUGUUGCUUAAAAUGAACAUCGCAGACGAAGAAGCCACAAUAGCUCGGUUCGGGGGAGUCAACAUCCCCGCAUACGCCGACUACAAAUUCCCAAACUCCGUCAGGAAACUUGAGCACUUUCUCAACUUGGGUUCGUUCUGCUGGACCUGCAGUCAACGAAGACGGAGAGGCAAAAAAAUGAGCGAGCGUAUUGGGUGUCUGGACGUCGGUUUGUCAACUGUUUAUUGUUCCAAGUACGACGGCCUCGCUUCUCCGUUUUCUGCUUUGGAUUCACAAAAAGAAAUCACUGACUUGUUGAUUUUAAAAAGGGAAUGUCAAGAAAACGACUGGACAUCCGGUGACCCGAUUCCACAUAAAAUUAUCUGUGGGCGGCCUGAGGAGUUUUUCAAGAAACACGACGUCAACGCCCUCCUUCCCCCGCCUGUAUCAGGGUUCACGCACACCCCGGGGUUGGAGUACGUCAUCGGACUGAUGAAAGAAUAUCCCGAGUGGGAUUAUAUCUUCCGCAGUUUAAACAGGAAUGUAACAGCAACGUGGGGCGGGCCAGAGCGUAAGCCCUCUCUCCCUUUACAAAAACACAGAGCAGAUUUCCUAGUCUACAGACGCCGCGGUUGGUCUUAUUAUCACGACAUUUCGUUCUACUAG